GACCUCUGUGAAGACCCUCACCUAUUUGUGAAUGGAAUCAGCUCCCACGAUUUACACCAGGGCAUCCUGGGCAACUGCUGGUUUGUGGCCGCAUGCUCCUGCCUGGCGCUUAGGAAGAGCCUCUGGCAACAGGUGAUUCCAGACUUUAAUGAACAAGAAUGGGACCCUAAAAACCCAGAGAAAUAUGCUGGGAUUUUCCGGUUCCGUUUCUGGUGCCUUGGAGAAUGGACAGAGGUGGUUGUUGAUGAUCUGCUACCAACAAUGGAUGGGAAGUUGAUCUACUGCCAUUCCAACAUGAAAAAUGAAUUCUGGAGUGCACUGCUGGAGAAAGCUUAUGCAAAGCUGGCUGGAUCCUACGAAGCCCUCGAUGAAGGCAGUGCUGCAGAUGCCAUUGUGGAUUUCAGUGGAGCAGUAGCAGAAUCUAUUGAUUUGGUACAGGGCAAAUAUGGUGAGAUUAUUUCUGAGCAGAUGAACCUGUUUCAAGACUUGCUGAAAGUGCAUAAGAGAGGAGGGUUGAUCAGCUGCUCCAUUGCGGCUUCCUCUGGCCGUACCAGCGAAGCAGAGACAGCGAUGGGGCUUGUGGCUGGCCAUGCCUACUCAGUGACUGCAAUUCGGAAGCUGCAUCUUGGAGAAAGGCUUGUGUUCUCUUUUAAGGCAGAAAAGCUGUUCAUGAUCAGGCUGAGGAAUCCCUGGGGUAAAAAAGAAUGGAAUGGUGCUUGGAGUGACAAUUCUGAGGAGUGGAAGAAAGUCAGUGAUUCCGAACGCAAGCACUUGGGGCUCACUCUUGAGAAUGAUGGAGAGUUCUGGAUGACAUUUGAGGACUGGUGUAAGAAUUUCACCGAUGUGGACAUCUGCCGGAUUGUGAACACCUCCUACUUCAGCAUCCACAAGACUUGGGAGAAGAAAAUGAUGCGUGGGGCUUGGACAAAGAACUCAGAGCCCCUGCUAAAUCGCUCUGGUGGCUGCUUCGAUAACAAAGAGACCUUCCUUCAGAAUCCCCAGUACAUCUUUGAUGUUAAGAAGACUGAGGACAAAGUGUUGGUCUCAUUACAACAGGAGGAUCGCCGCAAAUACAAGAAAGAAGGGGAAGGAGACAGCAUCCCAAUUGGCUUUGAAAUAUUCAAGGUGGAGGAUAACAGAAGAUAUCGACUGCACAAGCUCACCGUGCAGGAGAGAGUGGCCACGUCUCCGUACAUCAACACACGCACUGUGUUCUUGAAGAGGAUCCUUAAGCAAGGCUGCUAUGUCCUUAUCCCAACUACAUAUCUACCUGGUAUCACCACGAGAUUUAUCCUGAGACUCUUCACAGAUGUGCCAUCAAAACUCAGGGAGCUGAAAGCAGAUAAGCCUAAAAUGACAUGUUGGAGUCUUCUUUGUGGCUAUCCAUGCAGAGUCACCCAAAUCAAAGUUCACUCCAUAGAGGGGUUACAGAAGCAAGGCAGAUCAGGCGGAGCAGAUCCCUACGUGCUUAUCAAAUGUGAGAACGAAACUGUGCGUUCCCCUGUGCAGCACAAUACAACCAGUCCCAUCUUCAACACACAAGUAAUUUUCUACAGGAAGAACAUUGACAGUCCUAUCACUAUCCAGGUCUGGAACAGUAACAUCUUGUGUGACCAGCUCCUGGGGCAGGCAGUGCUGGCAGCUUCCCCCAGUGACCCUGGAGAGCAGCAGACGUUGCAGCUCCGAGGGAGAGGCGGGCGGGAGGCAGCGGAGGUGCCAGGUCACAUCACCAUCAAGGUUGUUUCCAGUGAUGACUUCGUGGAGCUCUGA